AUGCCGUCCAGUCUCGCUGCCCAGCUAGCUCAAACUUCAUCCCUCAACUCCUCUUUACUCGUCGACCGCUCCCGUAGAACUCCUACAGAAUCAUACCUAUUUACUGCACGCGAAGCAGACCAACACGAUCUCGACUCCCUUCACGCGCUUGCCUCGAAUGCUUUUCUUCAGCUUCGACAAUUAAACCCCUCAUUUCGCACAUAUUACGACACUCUCUUCUCCGAUGCAGCAAGGAGCAUUGAUAGAACAUUGCUAGGGGGAGAUGAGGCGAAGGAGCUGAACGGGAGCAUUGCGAGGUUCUUGCCGCUGCUUGGACCUUGGUUGAUGGAGGCGCCGUCAGGGAUGGUACUUGAGUGGUUGGUACGGAGAUUCAGAAUAAACGAGUUCAAUGUAGAAGAUAUUAUCCGCGUCUUCCUUCCGUACCACGACUCGCCACAUUUUACGAAGAUGGUCACUAUACUUCACAUCAGACCAAAUUCAACCUUCAGCUUCCUCAACGCUUACAAAUCCGCUGCUCAAUCUCUCCCUCGAGCUGCUCUCAUCAAAGAGAUGCGCCAAAACGUCGACGUAGCUCGUUUCGUCUCCUCUCUCCUCCCAACCGCCAUAGAACACAAUUAUGUACACCGCACUCUCGUCGCCUUCUACGUCGGUUCCAUGCUGGACUUUGUAGGGAAGAGCAAGAAAUUGGACGACAGCGUACUAGCAUUUCUACUGCCCGCGAUACUGGUGCCGUUACAAGCUGACGGAAAGAGCAACAAGGAGUUGACUUUGGCCACAUAUGUCCUCCUUUCCGCCCUCUCUCAAAAAUGUCGACUUUCUUCUCAAGCCGUCAAGACAAUCAUCACUACCAUGGCUUCCUGUAGCUCUCAAGUCGCACCUCAACAGUACCUAAAAGCUGUUCUUUCGGUCCUGAGUCCGCAGGACCAGCUCGAGAAGUUGCCGAAAGCUUUCGUUUCUAGCAUAAUCGAGAUGAGGGAUGUGGAGAAGAUACUCCUUGGAGCGAUGACGUUGGCUGGAUCGGACCAGCUGGUGGCUAGCUUGUUACCAGAACUCGUUAAACAGCUAGAAGAAGAGCGCCCUCUCCUCUUUCUCGGCACCUUGGUCACUGCGUCAUCACCUUCUGCCCCAUCUUCUGUACUUCGCCAACUCACCACACUUCUCAUCCACGAAUCGCUGUCAGACGCUUCGUCGUCCUUAAAAUCACGCGCUCGUGCGUUCUUGUUGUCACUACGACAGCGCCACCCGUCUGCGUUCGAAAGUGCAGUGCAGAACGUCAUUGAGGACGACGAGGCGGUGAAGGACGAUAUUGAGCGGUUGCUUGUCGAGUUGUCUGUUAGCACCACAGGUCCAUUGGCUGGAAACAAAAAAGACGUGGAUACUGUCGUCGCAUCAAAUGACGCCGAUGGUCAUGUCCGCACUGUCGCAGUACGCGACAUGCUUUCAGCUCUGGCAAAGGGCGGGAUCGACGCCAACGAGCUUUCCUCAAUUCACUCUGCUCUCCUGUCUCGCACGAUCGACACGGACAUACAAGUCAUCAAUGCCCUCUACUCCCAACCCACUCUCGUCACACCUAUCAUCUCCUCUUGCUUCGACACCUACAUCACCGCACUUUCUUCUUCACUCGCUUGCACAUCUGCACCUUCGCGCCAGCUGAUCCGUAUCCAUCUUACAUUUCUUGCAUACCAUUUCACCAAGCAGCCGGAUGUUGCGAACAGCGCAGAGGGAGAUCGGAUGGUCCAGAAAAUAUUCGAGAAGCUUGUGUGGCCAUUCCUGUUAUGGACCAAACCACGACAGAGAACGGCAGCCGUAGUCUGGGAGAUCCUUGGUAGCGAAGAAGCUCUAGCCGGACCCAUCAAAGGUCUUGCAGGCUAUGAACUGCUGACGGGAUGCAUCGACGCUCUCAAAUGGGAAGAACAAGGCUCCGCGGGCGAUAGUUACGAACUUGCGUCGCGCGUCAAUCUUGCCAUCGCGAAUAGGAUGGCGGAGACGGCGUUGAUGUCGAAUCGUCACAAGGAGCAUUUCGAGUUCAUUUUGUUUACGCUGAGACCAUCGGAGUCGGGUAAUGGACACGAACAUGCGAGUGGGUUGGGAUAUCUGGUCAUGAGAGCAUUGGUGGGACGAAUGUCGGGUGAACAUCAGGUUGAGGCGGCGGAGAGGGUACUGGAGGCUAUUGGUUUGGAGUCGUUGGAUGGGGUGGAUGGGUUUAUGAAGGGGGCGGAGAGUUUCCAGGAGUUCUUGAACGAUGCGAGCUUGGGCAUGAACCUCGUUCUCAAGCCAAGCAGCAAGAACACCACGUAUUGGCUGCAGACGAGUCUGCUUGCGCUUAUGCCAAUCAUUCCACGUCCUGUCAAUGUACAGCUAGAUUGGCUAGCCCCUCAUACUGCCUUGAACGAAACCGAUCGACGAAGCAUGCUCUACGUCAAGCUCCAACGCUCAAUCUACACCAUUGCCAACUCCGGCUCCUCAACUUCCUCAGCUCCAUCCUCGACCAUAUUACCCGCCACGCUCACCCGCGCUCAGUUCAUCAACCUUUCAUCCGAUGCGCUAGCUUUCCUGGCUGGUGUCUGGCUUUCUUCUCCCACCCCGCUUGAAGCUCGUCGUACCGCACUUACACAUGCGGCGGCGUUCCUUGCCGCUCACGACAGUGUCAAAAGCGAGGGUGCCAUUGACUUCCAGACCAUCCUCCCUGCUAUCCUUGUUGCGUUGCGAGACGAAGACGCGGGAAUCAGGGAGGGAGCAGCUGAAUGUUUAACGUUGGUGGGGAGGUUGGUGGGUAGGAAGAGUGCUACAGGAAUUUACGGAUUUGAUACGAUCUACGGGGCGGGCAGCGAUCAGCUGCAGUAUCUCGAGUGGGCGGAUCUGCAGAGAUAUGUGAAGGCGAUGGCGGAGAAUGCGCAUCACUUCGUGAGCGCUGGCGAUGGCUCGUUUGUCAGGGUUUGGCAUCAUCAGCACUUGAGCAAGGCGAAAGGAGAUUCCAAGAAAGAUGCCUCGUACAAGCAACGCGUGCUGUGUUAUUUGCUCUCACACGCUAACGGCUCUCCUGUGAUCGACCUCAAACUUUGCGUCCUUCGCUCCGUCGAUGAGAUCUCGAACCACGCCAAAGCUCAAACUCUCGUACACACCUUGACAAGCCUCGCCAAUGAUGAAGAAUCCAAGGAAAUGGAGGUCCGAUUCGGAGAGAAGAACUUCGAAGAGUUCGAGACGUUGGUGCUGAGGAGUCUGGAUGUCUCCGUGGUCGCGGAUUUGAACACGGAUGAUGCUGGACUGUGGGGGGUGGUUAUGGGACUGUUGAAAAGGUACCUGCAACCUGGUUCACAUCCUUCGUCCCGCUCGGCACUGUUGUAUUCUAUAGAGCACGGCGUCUUCAAGGGUCUCAGUAAGGAGCGCCAGUUCGAGAUUUCGAGAUUACUGCUCGAAGUUGGAAGCCAGGCGACGAGUCUCCAAAACACUUGCAAAGCAGUCCUCACCAGCGUUCUUGACGGUGUCCCUCUACUGGUCCAGCUCGCGACUUCACUGCAGCCUGCGACGCCAGAUACUACACAGCGUGCCAACAAGCGUUCCAAAGUUUCACAGUCAAGCUCUGAUUCGCUAUCUACUCUGAGCUUCUUUGCGGAAAUUAUCAGCGGAAAGGCUCUUCCCGGUUCAUUGGAUAUUAUCUCAUGCCUCCUGGAUACAUUGAGCAAGGUUGUUCAUUGUGAUGGUGCAUCUCAGUCAGAGGCGGUCUACGUCGAGCAAUUGAUCAUGUCGGCUGUGGAGAGCGCCGCGACCAAUAUCGAGAAUGUGAACAGCAUACCGCCGAAUGCGAUCAGACUUGAUAUCUUGGUUGAGAUUAUUCGAGUCGGUGACAACCCGCAGACGUUCAAUCAGGCCCUCCUCUUGAUGUCGAGUCUUGCCAGACUCGCACCGGAAUCCGUCCUGCACAACAUCAUGCCCAUAUUCACCUUCAUGGGCUCGAACGUUUUCCAUCGUGAUGACAGCUACAGCUUCCGUGUUGUGCAGAAGACUGUCGACAGCAUUGUUCCGGUCAUGGUUUCGUCGCUGAAGGCCAAGUAUGCAACGCCGCUAGAGCUCAUCAUUGGGUCCACGGAGUUCGUGAAGAUCUUCACCGACGCAGCAAACCAUAUUCCCAGACACCGACGCACGCAUUUCUUUACCCAUCUGGUGGACGUGCUCGGAGCCGAAUCUUUCCUAGCUCCAGUAUGCGUUCUCAUCAUUGGGAAGGCUGCGAACAAGGUUGUUAGGCAGCACGGUGAAGACUUGAAGUCCACGCUUGCGCUGCCUCUUUCGGUCCUUCACCAUUACCCUGCUGAUGUGCAGCUAUCUGCGCUCACUGAGGUCGUGCGAGAAGUACGCCGCCUGUUGAGUCAUGUCGUUGACCCCGAACAUGGAGAGCCAACGAUUCUGAAUGUCGUAAGCGAGGAUAAGCAGUCCCUUCAGGCGGCAUCUGCUGCUAAACGCCGUGCCCACGCUCUCGUCAUCUCCACUGGUUUGGCCCUCGAGGCGUCCCCCACCACAUUCGCCACAUCGAAAGGGUCGUCCGUCGAGCUCGUGGUAUCUGCGUUGCUCGAUGUUCUCAGCAUAUCGAACGGCACAGGGACUGACGGGGAUAUCGGCGAGAUCAAGACGGCUGCACAAGUAUCGGUCAACCAGGCCUUGAGGGUGAUGCCCGCCGUAUCUUUCGUCACUGCAGUGGCGAAUAUGAUUGAAAGUGGGCAACCUGGGGUGCAGGCUGAAGCCCUUAAGCUUCUCGGUGACAGACUACCCUCAGUCUCAGAUACCGUCCGGGAGAGCACUCUGGUCACCUCUGUUAUCGCGAAGAUCGUCAUCAGGAUCAAGCAAUUGCUCUCGAUUUCAGCCUCCACCGUUGUCGUGUCGGCAUUCGAUGCGCUCAAAUCAAUCGGCAUGACUCUCAGUCGUGGCGAGGAGUCAUCCAUGAUGGAGUGUGUUCCGCUUCUCGUCUCGGCUAUUAGGGACAAGAAGGAGGCUGCAUCUGCGCUUGCCGUACUGCCUACUCUCUCAGGGAAACUCGGUCCUCGCAUCAUUCCCUACUUCCGAGACAUCACUGAUGAGUGUGUUGCCAUUCUCCGCGAAGGCAUCAAGGGCAAACCAGCUGGUUCCUCGGCCAUCCUUGUGGAUGCUCUUGAGACGCUGAAGUCUCUUUUCAAGGCCAUUCCGACGUUCUGGGGCAAUGCUGAACUGGGAAAAGUCUUUCAACUUUACCUCAGUUACCAGGCUUCAUCGGCUCAAUCUCCCGCCUUGGACACCUUUGUGCGUUCCGUCGUGAAAAAGGCCCCCACGAAGGUUCUUUUGCCUUCCCUAUCCGAGAUGUGGACAUCGUUACAGACAGCAGACGACGAGGACUUGACGAGCGCGUACGAAGGGCUGUUCGACUUGCUCAGAAGAUCCCUUCGUGCUGGCCCUAGGGCAGACGUCGUAGAGCACCUCCGACCGUUGUUCAAGAUGAUGCUCGAAGCAUUCGAGUUGAGGAGUAAGGCUGAUGGCCUAGAUAUAGCUAAGGUCGAAGCCAAGACCAUCGGCGCAUUUAUCGAGCUUGUCACGAAGCUGAACGAGAGCGCGUUCAAGCCUCUGUUCCGCCGAUUGUUCGACUGGGCGUUCGCAGAUGCCGGGUCAGACAAAAAGAUCACCUUCUGCCAUCUCUAUCUCGCAAUGUUGGACUACUUCAAGGGGCUAAUGACACCUUACAUGUCCUUCUUGGUCCAACCGUUCAUCGGGAUCCUCGACGCGUUCCCUACGGACACGACCAUUGAUCCGGAGCUCUGGACCUGUGUCAUCGAGACCCUAACAGCCAGUCUAAACGUCGACGAAGGCCUGUUCUGGCGCGAAGAUCGUCUCCGCCAAAUAUCUUCACCCUUGGUCGCCCAGGUGCCGAAAUGCGUCGAUCUUCGCGAAGACUCUGACAUUGGCAAGGCGAAGGUUUUGGACACGCUAGUGGCACUUAUGGGCACUGUCGGCGACGAUAACCAGCUCAAGAAGAUCAACCUUGACGUUCUCAUGCAUACCCGCUCCGAAGACGCUCGUGUCCGACUGUUCGCUCUCCAAUGCGCCGAGGCCCUCUGGACCACGCAUGGAACGAAGCUCAUGGGGUACGUCUCCGAGACCUCCACCUUCAUCGCCGAGUGCGCGGAGGACGAGAACGACAGUGUCGUCAAAGCGACGCACAAGCUCAAGGCUGCAGUAGAAGGUGCGACUGGGGAGCGUAUAGAUAGUCUGUGAAAGGAGAGACGGAGCACGGAGUCGUGAUAAGGGCAAGUAUGUACAUGCGAAUUUAAGAUCCUGGGUCGAGAAGGGCGAGCGGCAGAGUAGAACUAUAUAUGCAUAUGCAAUAUGAUAUAUGACACAUAUCAUUGGCGAACAACUUUGGAUAUUGCAGAACUCCUUGAAAAGCUUGGAUGGUUUGUGGAUGGUGGGACGACGACGAAUGUAAUGGGGGAUGAUGAUGGUAGGGGUGACAGUGAGAUUGACGAGGAUGGGAAGAAUGGAACUGAGGAGUAAUAGGGACGAGAUGAGACCAGAAUAUAAUAGAGCAGAGACGAGCAGUGUCAUUCCGGAGCAUAAGAUGUGACGGUAAAAGAGAGAUGGAGAAAGAACGGUAUGUAACGGAACGAGAAAAAAUAGGUAGAAAGGAGUGAGAUGGAUUAUACCAGGCAGGGUAUCAUGAGUGCAGAACGUCAAAAGAGAAAGGUAAAUUGAAAGCGAAAGUGAUAUGGAUGACGUUAAAGACGUGAACGAGCUAGAUACUAUGAAAGCGAAAUAGUCCCUUGAGAGUCUACACUGCGUCUUCGAUGCAGUAACUUCUCCUCCGUAGCUUUGCAUUGAGCGAGCAGCUGGACGAUAGCCGAGCGAGGGCAAGCCGUCCGAAUGAAGUGUGCAUUGAGCAAUUUAUCAGGCUCGAACCUGUUCGCCACAGGUUGACAACACAGGUUCAAAAACUCAUGGAAAGGUCGUGAAUAGAUUUCCGGUUGGGGCAGCGAUGGCAGCUGCCACUGAUCACCGAUUUGUCUGGUAUCCUGCACGUCGGAGAAUGGUGGCUCGCCCGUGACGAGUUCCCAGGCAGUCGCACCAAGAGACCAGACGUCGACUUUGAGAGGGUCAUAGGAGCCAGUUCGCAUCUCUGGAGCCUGCCAGUAGAUAACUCCAACAUUAUCCGAGGAUUGUGGUGUCCCCGGCGGGGAUUGCACGGCGUUCGAGAAGUCAGCAAGCUUCAACACUCCAUCCUUAUUCAGCAGCAGAUUGUCCGACCUCAAAUCACGAUGCGCAAUAUGCUGCUUCUGCAGGAAGCUCAACGCAAGCAACACAUCCCACGCAAACCUCGCCACCAUCUUCUCACCCACCACUAAAACCUCACUGUCCCCGUCCUCCAUGUUCAUCUCCACCGCAUCCGCACUAACGCCCAGGACGUCAGCAAGACUACGCUCCAUGAGCUCCAUUCCGAUCCACAAGCUAUCCUCGACGAGAUCGACAUAGAGUUUAUCCAAGCUAAGGACAUUAGGAUGUCUAAGCCCACGCAUCAUUUGCAGUUCCCUCUUUAAGUCCACGAGUUUCGGGGAGCCAGCGGGGGAGAUGGGAACGUUCUUGAUAGCCACCACAUCCGUGGAGACCGAGAACGGGAACGAGACCUUGGGUGAUGUGGGCGAUGACGACAAGGUUGGCGAAGGACUCGAAUCCCCCGGGGAGGGCAGCGCCCGAGUCGGCCUGGGUGGCCUUUUCCCAGUCGCAGUCGUCUGUUUCGGAGGUGGCAGUGGCGCGAUGACCCGUGCAGAAAAGACCGAGCCCGACUCUCCCUCCGCGAUUUCCACCAAAUCAUCGAACACAUCUCUCGGGUCGAUGGUAUCGUCAAUGAACUCCGAAAGCGGUCGGACGACCUCGGAUAACCAUCCAGGGUACCUCUGUGCGGGAGUGAGUGGGCUUGUCGCCGCGCUCGAUGAGGCUGAAAUCGAGGAGGCAGGAGUGAGUGCACCUGCGACUGCGGGGCUGAUGCCAGUGACUGUGGCCGUAGCAGACGAUGCGGCGGGACUGGGGCUGGGACUAGGACUGACGCUCGUGCGCGCGACCAUGUCCGUCGUGAUCACAAUAGACGGCUUGCCCGACGACGCGCCCUUCACACUCACGGUCGGCUCCUCUCCCUCUGAAUCAUCUUCCUCCUCGGCAUCAGGGAAUUGAGCUUUCAAAGGAGACGGCUGAGGUGACGCCACACCAAGGAACGCCAGCGCCACCGGACUCUUCGGUUCCCUGCCGACGCCAGAUACAUAACCACCAGCAUUACCGUCCUCGGCGCUAUUCGACCCAGACGUGACGGACAUCGUCUGCCUCGGUGAUUCCGAGAACCCGUACUCUGACCCAGAGCUCGACCGACUCCUGGACGAGACACCGCUCCUACUCGUGCGAGAACUCGAUCUCUUGGUGGUUGAAGUGACAAUGGCGGUAGGUGCUGGGCAAACGGCAUCAAGUUCGACAUUGGCUGCGAUCGCGGUGGUGGGAGUAUUAGUGGAGGUGACGGAUUCCGGCAGAGGAGGGACAGGUGCAGAAGGGUAGGCUCGCUCCAUGACAGAAACCAUGGAAUAAUGGCCUUGAUCCGACGAGAACACCGAGGGCGACCUAGGCACUCCAUUCAUCCAUCCCUCUUCCGAUGACUCGCCAUCCUCCGCAAUACGCAUCGCCACACUAUGUCCGCCCAACGACCCCGAUCCCGAUCCCGCUUGGCCCUCACUCUCCAUACUCCCUUCAUCCUGCGAAUCCUCGCUCGUACGCCUCCGACUCCCCUCACCAUUACCGUCCCCGGUCGCAUUCUCGCUCCCACUCCCACUCCCACUCCCAUUCGUCUCCGCAUUCGUAUCUCCCGUACCCGGCCUCUCCACCGCCUUCGCCUUAACCAUCCUCACCACACUAACAUUCCUCACCUCCGCCAUCGACGCAUGAAUCAACGUGCUCCCACUCGCGCUACUCAUAUUCGAAUCCCUAUCCCUACUAUUCCUAUCCCUGCUCCUUCCCCUCUCCCCCUCCCCACCCGGAUGAGUGCUACUAACCGGACUAGUCCCCGACCCAUAAUACCCAUAAUACCCAUGCCCAUUGACCCUCGCCGCAUCGAUCGUCAACUGCGAAGUCGUCGAAUCCCUCGUCCGAUCCCUCUCGCUCGACUGUCCUCUCGACGAUACCGUCGAAGCCGACGACGCCGACGCGACGCUCAGAUGAUGCUCGUAAGUCCGGACGUUCGACCGGCCUACGCGGCCUAGCCCCGCAGAGUAGCCAGGCGAGCCCGGUGUGGUGGGGAACAUGGGCGACUCUGUGAACGCGGGAGAGAGGGGCGUGUGGCCCGUGAGUCCGAAGCUCGUUCCGCUUGUGAGUGCGGUCUGGGGGAGGUCGAGGGGGCUGAAGACGGAAACGGAGGGGGAGAGGGUUAUUGAGAGUGAAGGAGAGGGCGAUGGAGAGCGGGAUUGUGAUGGUGAACGGGGUUGGGCGGAUUGCGUUUGAGAUUGGGAUUGGGAAUUCGGCGGGGAAUGGGAGCGCGAGUCAUGUUCGGCAACUGAUUGCAACGGCGACGGUGAGCGUGAACGAGACAGUAAACGUGAGGCAGGCUGAGGAGACUGCGAAUGCGAUUGAGGUUGAUGAGGUUCCAGAUGAGCCGACCGUGUAGAGUACGGUGAAUGGGGAAGCGAGCGUUCCGAGCUAACUUCAGAUAAUCCAGACCGUGGCGAGGAAUUAAUGGCGGGCGUCCUCGGGCUCCGAUUACUAGGACUAUACGAAGAUGAGUAAUUCGAGUUCGCCCCGGGAGUGCGCGACUGCAUCAUCCCCAUCAGCUCGUUAUACAGCGGCGAGGUACUGAUCGUGUACCCCGGCAUGUUCUCCUGCUCGUGCUCGUCAUAGUCCCCGGCCUCAUCGCCGCCAUCUCUGCCCUGCUCUUGGUAUUCGCUAUCCUGGACGGUGAUAUUCGGUAGGACCGGCGAUAACGACGGCGUAAAAGUAGACGUAGAGGCUGAUGGAGAAGUCGACGAAGAAAUGGUAGCAGCAGGCAACAGACCUGCACCCAAACCGGAGCUCGUUCCAGCCUUGCUCUUAACAACGGACUUCCGGAACUUCGACCGUGCAGCCUGAGCCUGAGCCCUCAACGGCGAAUGUGGCGGCGUCCCGUUCCCAGAGGUAGAAGCCGUGGGAAUCGACGAGAAUAACGAAGCCGUCCAAUCCGACAGGUCGUCGAUCGCGUCCUUUCGGAGUGACAAUCGUGGUGGUAAGACGGAUAGACGGGGUGGUUUGUGUUUGAUGAGACCGUCGACGGUUUGGCCUAACUCAUCUACACCUUCCUCCACCUCUUCGCCAUCCAGCAGCUCACUGUCGGCCUCCACGAGUGUCUGGUCCUCCUGCAAUAUUGUCUCGUCUCCCGGCUCUACCGCCUCCCUCGCAGACUCCAAUUGCGGUUGCCGAGCAGAAGAGGUUCCUGCAUGCUGCUUCUCUGCUGGCCGCGGCCUCUCCCUCUCGAACGAGCUCAACGGCGGCGGCAAAUCCAUCGAUGUCCCCGCCCUAUGAUUCCCACCGUCUUCCUCGUAUCCAUCCCUAUCCGAAGUAUUGUAAGCUGGAGGCGGCGAACUCGGUUCAGGCGGUGGUGUCUCGUUAACGACUCGGAAUACUUUUCUCGGUGGCGUUCGUGCCGGCAUCCCGGAGGGGGAGUUGAGUGGGCCACCUGCUGAGCGCGAUGAUGUUGAAGGUGCAAUAGCCGAAGGAGUGUGACUGAAAGUGGAAAGUGAUGGGGACGGUGAUGCUGCUGCGGGUCUAACGGUCAUCAUCGAGCUCAUCGUCGCAGCACUAGGAACCGGAGCUGGUAGUCCAAGAUGAUCUUUGCCGUGCCCUUCGUCCUGCGCGUUGAAGUUAUCGAGCGUGAUAGUGUUUCGCUGUAUAUACACGAACUGCGAGUCGGUCGAAUGAGUGGCUACGCUCUCAUUGGCGUCAAUCUCCGAGUAGGAUCUAUCGAUGGACCGAUUCGCGCCUUGACCGGAGCCAGCAGCGCUCGAAGCGUUAGAGUCCGAAUCUAAUCUUCGAUGAUACAUUGGGGCGUGAACGGGAAGUGGGGGAGGUGGUGAGUGAUGAUGGAAACGAGAGGAAUGCUCCGAGCGGGCGUCGUCAGAAGACUGUUUUCGGCGCAGAGAGCUUGAACGAGCGCGGGGUUUAACGAGUGUGGUUAGCGAGGUCGGGGGUGGUGGUGGGAUUCCUGUGACUCCUGCGUACACGGAUGGGGAGGAGGCGGAGAACUGGGAGGGAGAUUGGGUGCGGGAGAUGGGCGAAUAGCGGUCGAUGUCGCGGUCUGAGGCGGGGGUGCGAGAGCGGGUGCGCAGUUGGUUUUGACGAAUCGCGAUGAUUUCGUCGUCGGUGAAGCCGGCUUCAGAGAGUGCAGUAUCCCAGUUGUUGGGGAUACCUUGGUAAUUCUCAUCUACAUGCAUAUUGUGCUGGAAGCCCCAAGGCAAUGAUAUUGAAUCAUCAUCGGUUGGGUCCGUUGCCUGCUGCAUCUCACUAGCACUACUGCUCGCCAAGGAGUCGCUGGUAUUCGUCCGUGACGGUUUCGGAAACGUCAUUGACUUCUUUCCCAUCGAGCUCGCCAUCCUGAUGAAGUUCCGCCUGAAUCCUGCUGAAUCUGGUGGCAGACUGCUCGGAGACUGAGUCGCGCGACUCGGGGCCGGCGAUGGAGACCGUGCAGCAUACUGAGAAGGUUGGUACGCUGUCGACAACGGCGUCGGAGGCUGUGAAAAGGAAUCUGCGACGGAAAGAGACUGGCCAGAGAGGGAGAGGACGGAUUGCGAGCCUGUAACGGACGAAUAGAGAUAAUUUGGGUCCUUGGGCGGAGGCGCAGGUGGCUUUGGAUUUCCGGAAAACUUGAAGACCUUGAAGGUCGAAAAGCGCGAGUUUGGCUUUGAGCUCGAUGCCGACGGCGACGACAUCUAGGGACUGCUGGUAUCUCCUGCACCUGUCGUCGACGAUGGCCGCAGGGGUGUCGCCGACGUG